UGGGCGUAAGAUCAAGGUGAAUACACGUAUAUUUAAACUGUGAUAACACUACUCAAUGUCAAAAAAAAACCCGUUGUGUUAUCACUCAUCAUCAAUAAGCAAAUAUUUAUUAUUAUUUACGUAAAAUAAUAUUAUCUACAAUUGUAACUAAAUCAUGUAGUGUAUGGGGCUACGUAGGUGGUAGGUAGGAACUGUGUAGUAAAACCAGUGUCUAUAUAGUUAUAGCAGUAAUAAUGUGUUAAAAUAUGUCGCACUGUCUUGUGCUGUAACUUACUCAUUUGACUAUAGCGAAAGGCAUGAGUGUGUGCUGUGGAAUAUUAAGUUUUACAUUUGUCAUUUAGUCGGUAUGUAGAGUGCUUUAAAGAGUGUAUUUGGGUGAAUUGUUACUUAAAUAAGAUCUUAUAUAAUAUAUUAUUGGUCUUACGGUUAUUUUUUGUCGGUUACCUAUUUACUUCCAAGGCUAGACACCUGUGGAUAUUGUUCACACCAUGUUAGUUUUAGCCAUAACAACAUUGUGCAGUUUGAUUGGCCAUAUACAAAGUGAAAACCAGUGUAAUGGUUUGUACAGUAAUUAUUUUGAUCAUUUGUCGUCAAAAACCCCAUACAGAUUUGUGGCCAACCAUAAUACAGAACCGUACAACUUUGAAGGUUGUACAGCAUGGAAAAUUUGGCUAGUUCAAAGGCACGGUACAAGGACACCUGGUAAAGAAUUAGAUCAAUUUGUCAAAAACAGAUUACCUGAAAUUCAUAAAGACAUUGUAAACAAUUUGAUUGAGUGCAAACUAUGCAAUGAAGAUGAAAUAAAAUCAUGGACUUCCCAUAAAGAAAUAGAUGAUCAAAAGCGAUUAACCAAAGAGGGAGAGGAUGAACUUUUUGCAAUUGCCGAGCGUAUGCAACUUAGAUUCCCCAAUUUAUUGAAUCAACCAUAUGAAAAUACAAACUUUUUAUUUAGAUUUACUGAUACUCAAAGAACUAAAGUAAGUGCUGAACAAUUUGCAACGGGAUUGUUUGGGCGCAAUGAUGUUAAAAAAGUAUUAUUUGAAAAACCAUUAGCUAAAGAUCCAUUAUUAAGAUUUUAUAAAGUUUGCCAAAAAUGGAGAAAGAACGUUAAAAAAUCCUCUACAGCAACAGUUGAAUACCAGCAGUUUAUAGAAAGUCAAUUAACUAACAACACUUUAAAAAGUAUAUCUUCAAGACUUGGACUUGAUUACACAUUAACAUUUAAUGAUGCCAAGAAUAUGUAUACAUACUGUGCUUUUGAAACAGCUUGGGAGAAAAAUAAAGUUUCACCAUGGUGCUCAAUUUUUAAUAAAUCUGAUUUAAUGGUUUUUGAAUAUAGUGAAGAUUUGAAGCACUAUUUGAUAGAUGGUUAUGCUUAUGAGUUAUCAUACAAACAAGCAUGUGUCUUAUUAAAAGAUGCAAUUGAAUAUUUCGAUGAUCAACAUUUAACUAGCAAAAAUGGUAUUUUCUAUUUUACCCAUUCAGGAACAAUUUUAAAAAUGCUUGGAUUGUUAGGUCUUUAUAAAGAUGACCAUAAAUUAAAACAUGACAACUAUAUUGAAAUGGAGAAUCGGCAGUGGAGAACUUCAAAAAUUGAUCCUUUUGGUUCAAAUAUUGCAUUUGUUUUAUACAAGUGUAAUAAUAAUGAAACUAAGAUAUUAACAUUACAUCAAGAAAGAGUUGUUCAUCUUAUUGGUUGCGAGGAUGGCCUUUGUUCUUAUGACAAAUUUAAACAGCUAUUUUCAACCGAAAUUCAAAACUGUAAUUUUGAUGAAAUGUGUAAUAUUGACUAAAUUGUUUAAUAUUUAAGCUUACAGAAACUUAUUUUAUUUAUUUUAUGUAAAUGGCAAUUAUUAUUUUUUAGUUAUAAGUCAUUUUAAAUUAAU